AUGAUUCUACUGGAUAAGUGUUUGGAAUUUGUAUUGAAUUCUUAUAUACGGGAGCACUGUGAUAAGCAGAGGAAGUAUGCAAUUACUGGUAGCGCUGGGUUUUUGAUUGGUUCCAAGAUAGAUGAAGAUUUUCAUGUGGCACACAUUGCAAUGUGUGCUCAUCCUGACACUAUACGAGAUGAGAGUGGUGAUAUUCAUUCGAAAUCAGUGGAUGCUGAUUGGAUCGCUGAUACCGGUUCACGUGUUUUAAGAUUUCUACCUGGUGGGACCAUGAUAGUUGGUUUGCUGUGGUUAGCUGACUCAAAAGCAUCGUUGCAGUCAGCACAAGUUCGUGAUAUACUUGUUCGAGCACUUUCCCAGAUAGCAAUCCGUCAUAAUGCGCUCAGUUCUCUGAGCAUCAAACCUAUUGACAAUACGUUGAUAUUAAUUGGAAUCGAAACACCAUUGGGGAAGCCGUUUGGAUGCAUUAUUGAUUGCAGUCGAAGAGGUGCUGCUGGUUCACAAACCAAAGUGAGCUUCAGUCAGUUGGAAUGGGUACGUUUGGAAUCAUCUGUUGCUUUUCGGUUGUCAGAACCUCUAACUGAUGGUGUUUGGGAUUUUCACAAGCAGUUUACAAGUGGAAUACGCGAGUGGGCUGAAUGUCUUUUGAAAACAAAUUUAGCAUUGAUAAACGGCUUAUCACGACCACGAGACGAGUUUCUGAGACCUCGUGAUCGGAAAAAUCGAGGACCAACUGCGUUUGAUAUUGAAAUGUUUUUAAAUGCUGAAGGAAAACAUGAUUUCGGUAAUCAAAAGAUAUCUUCAUCCUGCAUUAUUGAUUUGAUUGUGGAUACUAUUGCGAAGGCAGCAGUGCCCAGUAAAGCUACUGUUGGUCAAGCAAUUGAUGCUGUUAAGGAACAUUUAAUAAGAUCAUUAUGUAGUAGGGCUGAGCUACAUUAUGAAAGUACUGAUGUUAUCGAAGAUGAACCAAAGGAUCGGUUAGCGGUACAUCAGUUACCUCGUGCUGCUUAUGUUUGUUUGCCCAGUCAGCGGGCAAUCGUUUUUACUGACUAUCUCUUUGAAAGUGAUACGGCUAAUGAUGCACAACAGUCCUUUGCAGAAUUUUUAAGUCUCAAAGUUUCUGAGGAUGACAUUGAUAUAAGUAGCGAACGUCACUUGGAUGGAAACGAUUUACUGAACAUGUUGAGUGAAGACGAUAGGCCUAGUCACGUGGAACGAUCCAGUUCAUCAGCAUCAAGUUUAAAUUCCGUUGUAUUGCCUCCAAUACUUAAAGCUGGUGAAAUGACCUCUAUAAAUUACUAUUUCCUCAUUGCAGCACUUGUUGCUCUGUUAUCCUUUGUUGCCUAUUUCAUGAUGAAGACGAUAUCUUCUUGA